AUGAUUGAUCUCCAUGCCAACGAACAACCAGUAUCGUUCAACGACUUAUCACCGCAAACACAAGUCAUGUAUCCGUCAUUGCAAGCUUCCCAAAGCAGCACUAUUCCGCGAGAUGUCAGUACACUCCACAACAAUGCAUUCUAUACGACAUUCAAGCUCCAGCAAGGCAUCGACGUGAAGAGUGGCAAUGAUGAUGGUCAUUCAUCAUAA